GAAACUAAUAACAGGAGUUGAAAUCUGGCAACACUACCAUCACUAGUCACGAGAAUAGGUUGUAAACAUGGCGUUUUCGGUAUUUUCAAGUUUUUUUCAUCUUUUAGUUUUAUUAAUAGGUUUAUUCUGUUAUUCUGGAGCUGUUGAGGAAGUAGUAAUAAAUUAUGCACCUGGAUCUAUUAGAUUCGUUUCUAGUGAGCCUGUUCGAUCAAGUUACUUAGGAGAUAUACUUUCAUCUAUGCUUGGAUAUACCAUCAGAAGCAAUGUGGAUUGGAAUAGCAUGGUGGAAGUUUCUCCUUGGAAAAGACCUGAAGCCCUUGCAAUAAUUGAAAUAUGGGGAUUUGACAGCAAAGUAGAUUUACCUUUGGAGGGAAACAAGUUUAUUCUUGAAAAUCUUGGAGAUAUGGAUAAUCAAUAUGAUCUAACUGCUCAUCGUACCAAUGAAAGAUAUUUUGGAAAGAGCCCCAUUAUGCUACAUAUGCAUUUGAGUGAUGAGCUCCAUGAUUCCAAAAUUGCUCAGCCAGUUUUGUUAAAAUCUGUUCCUGCUGAUCCAAAAAAGCGACUUCAGUUGGCUUUGGAUGAUCCUGAAUUGGGGCAAUUAGUAAAGGAUUCAACCUUCAACAUCUCAUUGCCCAGUGAUGUAAAGUUGCUGACAGAACUAGCAACUAUGAAGGAAUUUCUGAAAGCUAUUUCAGCUCAUAAAUCUGAGAUUCGUGAUGGAACACCUGAUAUUUAUUGGUUUAAGAUCACUGGCUUGGAACCUAUUGUUACAUACUAUGGUCAGGAUUCUUUCCAGUUUAGAGAGGCUUUGAGGUUAUUGAGACAGAUAAUUGGUGAUGUUAAAAGCACCAUGCGUAAUAUUUAUGAUGAUAAUGUUGUGAUUGCUGUCAUUAAAACAAAUAGUAUUACACUGCCAUUAGGUCACAAGGGCAGGAGACUUCUGGCAGAUGUUUCAACCACUGAAGCCCCCCAGAAAAAGAAUCCUUAUAAUUUGGCCCCCGAAUACGACUCCAUGUUUCCCGUUGUCUUCGCCAUUCUGCUGUUCGUGGGUGUCAUGUUGGUAGUCUCCCUUAUGGGCGUAAGCAUGGCGCUAGCGAAUAUGGACCCAGGCAAAGAUUCCAUCAUCUAUAGGAUGACCAGCCAAAGGAUGAAGAAGGAUUAAAAACGAUAAAAUUGUAUAGUUCCUCAAUUUGAUUUUGAAAGUCACUUUUUUUUUUUUCUGGGUAAAAGUAAAUAUUUUCAAAUUUUGGUUGUAACUUUUGUGCAUGGUUAAGUUUUUUGUACUGUUACAUAAAUUAUUCUGAAUUUCGUCUGCGUACCAAAGAAUAUAAACUUGAAACAUGCAAUCGGGAGCAAACUAAUAUUUUAUGGGUCAUUUUGUAUUGUUACAUCUGCUGAAAUAUCUUCCAUGUUUGACAUACUUGAAAAAUUGAUACUUUAAUUGUUUAGUUGCAUUUUUUUUUCCAUUUGUAAUAUAAGAAUUUAUAUAUAUAUAGUAGCAUUUUUAGAGAAAUUCGAUUUGUUUAGUACUUAAAACUAACUGGUAUGUUAGCAAAAAGUUAAUAAAGCCCAAAUAUCUUUAAGUAUAUAUCGGUAAGUAGUAUUCUUCAGAAGUUUUAAAAUAAGAUUAAAAUGUAUAUUUAAUAUAAGAAUGUCUUAUUUUCAUAAUUACAAUGCAAAACAAAAGAAAUUAAAGUACUACUCUUUUCGGAUAUUUUUCAUAUAAUUGCAUGCUUUUUUUUUAUAAUUGAAGUAUAAAUUAUAAAAUCAUGUAAACGGGUUUAUUCUUUUUUUCUAUCUAUAAAAUAUUUAUUAUCUUCCUACUUUUAAUUAAUAUUCUUAAUAUUCUAAUAUAACAACUAAAAUAAGUUAAAAAUUGGAAAAAAAUCGUAUUUUUCAUUUUUUUAAAUUAUUUUAUGGAUUUUCUAAAUUUUUUUUGAUAUCAUUUUUUAUAUAUUCCUUCUUCGAAUAGAAUUAUAGUCAAGAAUAUCUGUUACUCUAGGAGAUGUGUGUCGUCCUGUCUGUUUUAAAUGUAUUUAUGUUAUUGAAUGGACAAUUGUAAAUAAAUUAUUUGUUGUGAUGGAGAAUAUAUUGUAUUUAAACAGAAUUUUGAAAAUUUUUUGUCAUUAAAUGUUAGUCAUCAAAUGUAGCACUGCAUUCUAAGUUAAACCAUUUGUUUACUCAUUCCAUUUUUACAUAUGAGAUCUUAGUAAAAUUCCCGAGUCUUAUCUAUGUCAUUUUUAUAAUAAAAAUGUUAUAAUUUUGUUUAGAACCUUUUUUAAUAUAAGAUUCUUCUGCUGUAGAUAUUUCAGCUUUGGCAUCAUGUCUGCUGUUAGAUCUUAAAAUAAUAAAAUACUUCAAAUAAAAAAAAAAGGAAAUUAUCUUCUUUUUUAUUGUUUGUUAUUUAUUGAAUAUUAUCUUAUUUGAUUAUUUUUAAGGAAGUUUAGAGUGAAUUUGGAAUUAUGUCUGUGCUGCAAUUUGAACAAAU